ACUCACUUUUUAAAAUUGCACUUCUCUUUGGCAUCUAGACCAGAUCACUCUGUGGUUUAAAAACUUAGUCUGGUUCACAUGUCAAACCACUGAAACUCUUAGUUUUUUGGUUUUAGGAACCAAAUACGGAAUAAAAAUAUAAAACGCUUACCAACAGUGUUGUAAUGAACCUGUUUAGUGUAUAACAAAUCAAGAUUUUAUUAUUGUUUGCCCCACAUUUUCCCCUUUAGCAGAUUUAGAUUUAAAAUCUUAAGAUGUGUUUCUGAUAGGAAAUGAGACAGCUAUCUCAUAGUCUUCAUAAAGAGUCUUGCAGGUUGCAGUUUUUCCACUCUUCUCAAUCAUAAAUGGAACAUGUUUAUAUUGGACUUACAGUAGUCGAGCCUUGUUUUCACUGACCAGCGAGUUCCACUGGUAUUUUGAUUAUCCAUUUCUGAUUUUAAGCUCCACGUCUUGGAUUAAGGUCCAGACUGACUUGGUCAUUCCAAGGUUUAAUAUUAUGUCCAGUCAAAAAAAGCUGGCAAAAGAUUAAACCCAAAAUUUUAACAGUGACUUUUACGUUUUGAAGAAGAGCUGAUUUAACUAGAAAACAGAUCAGUUGCAAUGACUUGGAUUUUCAUUAUCCAACCCCCCCCAACCAUAUAUUUUUUUCUUUCACUAAACUUUAUAUCAAUACACAUAGAUAAAGCACCCUGUUAAUUAGCUUCCAAUUACCUUUUUGUUCCUUAUCUUCCUAGUGGGACGGUGCCAAUGACAUUUUCUGGACAAGUCAGCAAGUCUUCCUCAUGAUUGUGUAGGUCUUGUAUAUCCUGAGAACCCGAGUUUAAGGUUUAAUUUAGUUGUAAACAUUCAAAUGAAUACAAACACUGAAAUCGAUACUGUUUUUGAAGUAAGAUAUACCAAUAAUGCGAAAAAAAUAACGAGGACUACAAUUAAAUACAUAGUUUCUGGAAUACUUAAUUGUUUUUGUGAAGCGGUCUGGUGUGGCCAGUUUAGUGGGAUUGGUCCACAUGACUGUUGGACAAGGAAGUGUUUCGGUCGUCAAGUGAACGUUUCUCGGCACACCAGUCGGACCUGUGAACAACACGCCAGUAAGGAUGGCUCUCCGGGCAGCUAGUAACCGCUUACUGUAUUUCCAGAGGACAUGUUUUAAGGUCAACGCCCUUGAAACUCACCUGGGUGUCAGAUCCAAGGCAACCUGUCCUGUUGAAGUGAGCCAUCUAGAUCAUUUGGUGUUGACAGUAAAAAGUGUGCCGGACACAAUCAACUUUUAUACAUCAGUUCUUGGAAUGGAGGUUGUCACUUUUAAGGGGAACCGUAAAGCUCUGGGUUUUGGUAAACAAAAGUUUAACCUUCACCAGUUGGGCAAAGAGUUUGAACCAAAAGCUAAACAUCCAACUUCAGGCUCUGCAGACCUGUGUCUCAUCACCAAAACCCCUCUGACUGAAGUAGCUGCUCAUCUGAAGGUUUGUGGUGUUGAAAUUGAAGAGGGACCAGUGCAGAGGAGUGGAGCUGUGGGAUCCAUCACCUCUCUUUACUUCAGAGAUCCAGACCACAAUCUCAUUGAAGUGUCAAACUACAGCCAGUCGGCACCAGACGGCUCCUCUUGAACCUUCUAGUGAGCGUGUAAAAAUGCACUGUCAGCACACGACGGGGUCUAUAACCAUUAAAGGUUUAAACCAAAAUGA